AAUUGAAUCUAAUUUGCUGUUUCACUCCAAGAGCUUGGCUUAAUUGACGAGCGGCAAACUCCGCUGAAAGAAACCAGUUUUCCUCCUCUCAGAAAGUUUUGAGAACUUCAUAUAUCUCUCCUCAAUCGCUCUCCUCUGCUUUCUGGUUCUUGUUCUUGUUUAGUCUAUUAUGACUGGAAGUAGAAGUAGAGACUCUGAGCAAGUCACACAGAAACCCAAUUCAGACUCAGACCCAGCUUCAAAGAAAGCCAGAGGCUUGACCAUUGAAGGCUACCCAGUUGAAGGUUUGUCCAUUGGAGGCCAUGAAACCUGCAUAAUCUUCCCGACUCUUAAUUUGUCUUUCGAUAUUGGACGCUGCCCACAGCGUGCUAUCUCCCAGGACUUCCUCUUCAUCUCUCAUGCUCAUAUGGAUCACAUUGGAGGACUUCCCAUGUAUGUCGCAACCCGUGGAUUGUACAGUAUGAAGCCCCCAACAAUCAUUGUACCCACAUGUAUAAAAGAAGUUGUGGAACAACUUUUUGAGGUGCACAGAAAAAUGGACCAAUCAGAGCUGAAGCAUAAUCUAAUUGGCUUGGAUGUUGGAGAAGAAGUCUAUCUGAGAAAGGAUCUCAAAGUAAAAGCUUUUAAGACUUAUCAUGUAAUACCAAGUCAGGGUUAUGUUGUAUACUCAAUAAAACAGAAACUUAAGCAGGAGUACGUUGGCCUUUCUGGGAAUGAAAUUAAAAACUUGAAAUCAUCAGGUGUUGAGAUUACAAACACUUCUACAGAACCUCAAGUGGCUUUUACAGGAGAUACCAUGUCUGACUUCAUAACUGACAGUAGUAAUUUUGAUGUGCUGAAAGCGAAGAUUCUUGUUGUGGAGAGCACCUUCCUAGAUGACUCAGUUAAGGUGGAGCACGCAAGAGAGUACGGACACAUGCAUCUAUCCGAGAUAAUUAGUCAUGCAGAGAAGUUUGAAAACAAAGCAAUUCUUCUUAUUCACUUUUCAGCUCGGUACACAGUAAAGGAAAUUGAACAAGCUGUAUCAGUGUUGCCUUCUCCUUUGGCAGGCCGAGUUUUUGCACUUACAGAAGGUAUUUGAUGGCAAGCCAGUCAGCUUCUUUUGUUGGUUCUUUAUUUGGAGAAACUCUAGUUGGGGACGCCCUUUGUUUUUAGGACUAACAAAAGAGCAUAGGGUGUUGUUUGAUUGACUGAACAACCUCAAUAACAUUCUCAAUUAGUCUCCUGAAUUGCAUGGCUAGAAGAUAAAGCUAAGAGUGCAAAUUAACGAAGCAAAUUAUAUGUGGACUCGUUUGGUUGCUCGGCCCGAACUAGAUUGGAAUUGAAUCCAAAGCAGUCCUCAUGAGUGGCAUCCCUCUAGAUGGGACUUGUAAGACACUGUUGAAUUCUUCUCCAUUUUUCAUGACAUUAAUUUUGGCCACUAAAGUUUGUGUGCUGAAAAUGAGUGCUAGAACAUAUAGUUAGGAAUCCUAUGUGGAUUUUAUUUGCUUAUUGGCUGUUCUGUUCCACUUGUAUAAAUUCCAUGUAUCUAAUCAAGAUUAAAGAGCUGGGCAAGCCAGUGUUGAUUUUCAGUCAUACUCAAUUUCAUUGAUCUUAUUUAUAGAA